CGGCGGGGCGAGGCCGGCGGCGGCCGUGUGGAAAGUGCGGAGCGCGGCGCGCAGGCGCCCUGCGGCCUGCCGCCGAACAAAGGAGCGCGGCCGGCGCCGGAGCGGAAGCACAAAUAUAAUGUCAGGUGGCUGAAAAUUUGCCUAGCAAAAUGUCAAAGAGGCCAUCCUAUGCCCCACCUCCCACCCCAGCUCCUGCAACCCAAAUGCCCAGCACCCCAGGGUUUGUGGGAUACAAUCCAUACAGCCAUCUGGCCUACAACAACUACAGGCUGGGAGGGAACCCUGGCACCAACAGCCGGGUCACGGCUUCCUCUGGCAUCACCAUCCCCAAGCCCCCCAAGCCCCCAGACAAGCCCCUGAUGCCCUACAUGAGGUACAGCCGGAAGGUCUGGGACCAAGUGAAGGCGUCCAACCCUGAUUUGAAGUUAUGGGAAAUUGGCAAGAUAAUUGGAGGAAUGUGGCGAGAUCUCACUGAUGAAGAGAAGCAAGAGUAUUUGAAUGAAUAUGAAGCUGAAAAGAUCGAGUACAACGAGUCCAUGAAGGCCUACCACAACUCCCCUGCCUACCUGGCCUACAUCAACGCCAAGAGCCGCGCCGAGGCCGCGCUGGAGGAGGAGAGCCGCCAGCGGCAGUCCCGCAUGGAGAAGGGAGAGCCCUACAUGAGCAUCCAGCCAGCAGAGGACCCUGAUGACUAUGAUGAUGGCUUCUCCAUGAAGCACACGGCCACGGCUCGCUUCCAGCGCAACCACCGCCUGAUCAGCGAGAUCCUCAGCGAGAGCGUGGUGCCCGACGUGCGCUCCGUCGUCACCACCGCGCGCAUGCAGGUGCUCAAGCGCCAGGUCCAGUCCCUCAUGGUGCACCAGCGCAAGCUGGAGGCUGAGCUGCUGCAGAUCGAGGAGCGGCACCAGGAGAAGAAGAGGAAGUUCCUGGAGAGCACAGAGUCCUUCAACAACGAGCUCAAAAGGCUGUGCAGCCUGAAGGUGGAAGUGGAUAUGGAAAAAAUUGCAGCUGAGAUUGCCCAGGCUGAGGAACAGGCAAGGAAGAGGCAGGAGGAGAGGGAGAAGGAAGCAGCUGAGCAAGCAGAGCGCAGCCAGAGCAGCACAGCAGCUGAGGAGGAGCAGGCAGCUGCCAAGAUGGAGGAGAAGAAGGAAGAGGAGAGUGCCCCAAUGGAGACAGAAGAGCCUCAGCCAGAGGAGAGCACAGAGAGCCAGCAGAACGGUGAGGAGGGAACCUCCACCCCAGAAGACAAAGAGAGUGGCCAGGAGGGGGCUGACAGCACUGCAGAGGAGGGCACCAGUGACAGCAACACUGGCUCAGAGAGCAACAGUGCCACUGUGGAGGAGCCUCCUGCAGACCCCAGCACUGAGGACACUGAGAAGAAAGAAUAAACCAUGACUCCUGCCUGUGUCUGUCUGCAGUGAAACUCUGCUCUGACUUCCCUCCCUGCCUCUGCCUCUCCCCCUGCCAGGCUGCCAGCAGGGAGCUCUCAGAGCAGAGCAAACCUCUGGUGCCUGAGCAGAGCUGGUGCAGCACAGGGAGGCCCUGGGGUGAGAAUCCUUUCCCCAAGUCCCUGCUGUUCUUCACCAUUCUCCUCCCUCCCUUGCUGCUGAGCUGCCCUGGAGCAGCCUCAGGCAGAGCUGUGGCCAAGCUGAAAGCAGGAGAGGUCUGAGCCUGUGCUGUCUGAGCAGGCAGCCCCUGGUGUGCUGCAGGGGCUUUGCUUGG